GCCGAGCAGGAGGCGCCAGGAGCGCGGAGCAGCGUGUCCACCCGCCAGACCAGAAGGCGGGAGAGCUUUGAGCCAAUGUCAACAAUUGGAACGCCCAGUUUUGAUCACUCCGGUCCCGAUCUGGCUGCGCGAGGCCCCCUCUCCCGGGCUCCCCUUCUCUCUGGGCUCAUUAAGGGCCACAUCACUCGUGCCGCUCCUGCUCCUUAGCAUCUGAGGAGUCGCAGCUAAACUACCCUCAGGACGCUGAGAAAGUUCCAGUGAAUGUGGUGGAAUUAACCUGAGCCCAGCGGCACUUUGAUCCUUGUCUUGCCAGGGCUCAGCCCAGAACACCCAGCCGCCAGCACCCGGUGAGGCUGUCCUGAGUCGUCUUGAUUGGAAGUGUCUGUGAGAUCUCACAGAAGGGCACCCCUGGGCUCGACUUACCUGCCCACCCCCCCUGCUCCUUCAGGGAUGGAGGCGAUGGCGGCCAGCACUUCCCUGCCUGACCCCGGCGACUUUGACCGGAACGUGCCUCGAAUCUGUGGCGUGUGUGGAGACCGAGCCACAGGCUUUCACUUCAACGCUAUGACUUGCGAAGGCUGCAAAGGCUUCUUCAGGCGCAGCAUGAAGCGGAAGGCGCUGUUCACCUGUCCCUUCAAUGGGGACUGCCGCAUCACCAAGGACAACCGCCGCCACUGCCAGGCCUGCCGGCUCAAGCGCUGUGUGGACAUUGGCAUGAUGAAGGAGUUCAUCCUGACGGACGAGGAGGUGCAGCGAAAGCGGGAGAUGAUCCUCAAGCGGAAGGAGGAGGAGGCCCUGAAGGACAGCAUGCGGCCCAGGCUGUCUGAGGAGCAGCAGCGCAUCAUCAACGUCCUGCUAGACGCCCACCACAAGACCUACGACCCCACCUAUGCCGACUUUAGCCAGUUUCGGCCUCCAGUUCGUGGGGCCGAGUGUGGUGGCAGCCACCUGUCAAGGCCGUCCUUGAGACAAAUGCCCAGCUUCUCUGGGGACUCGUCCUCCUCCUGCUCAGAUCACUACACCACCUCCCCAGACAUGAUGGAGCCAACCAGCUUCUCCAACCUGGAUCUGAGUGAAGAAGACUCAGAUGACCCUUCUGUGACCCUGGACCUGUCCCAACUCUCCAUGCUGCCGCACCUGGCUGACCUGGUCAGUUACAGCAUCCAGAAGGUUAUUGGCUUUGCCAAGAUGAUCCCAGGGUUCAGAGACCUCAGCUCUGAGGACCAGAUUGUGCUGCUGAAGUCAAGUGCCAUUGAGGUCAUCAUGUUGCGCUCCAACCAGUCCUUCACCAUGGAUGACAUGUCCUGGACCUGUGGUGGUCAGGACUACAAGUACCGUGUCAGUGAUGUGGCCAAAGCUGGACACAACCUGGAGCUGAUUGAGCCACUCAUCAAGUUCCAGGUGGGGCUGAAGAAGCUGAACUUGCAUGAGGAGGAGCAUGUCCUGCUCAUGGCCAUCUGCAUUGUCUCCCCAGACCGUCCUGGGGUGCAGGACGCUGCUCUGAUCGAGGCCAUCCAGGACCGCCUGUCCAACACGCUGCAGACCUAUAUCCGUUGUCGCCACCCGCCUCCAGGCAGCCAUCUGCUGUAUGCCAAGAUGAUCCAGAAGCUGGCUGACCUGCGUAGCCUCAACGAGGAGCACUCCAAGCAGUACCGCUGCCUCUCCUUCCAGCCUGAGUGCAGCAUGAAGCUCACGCCCCUUGUGCUUGAGGUGUUUGGCAAUGAGAUCUCCUGACCAGAGCAGCCUGCGGUGGCACCUGGGUGGGGCUGCUCGGCUGGGGCCAUGUGCUCAGGCCUGGGGCUGGCUGCUGUCCAGUAGCCCUCCCCACCCCCUCUCAAGUUCAGCCCCUCCUCUCCCACCUCUCCUUCCUGCCCAGCUCAGCCUCUCUCCUGCCAAACCUAACACCAGGUCCCCACUUCCUGCAGGCCACAGGCUGUCCCCAGUCCCUCGAGACCUCAAUCAUGAGGAAUUGCCAUUUAUUUGACAGAAAGACUCAAGUAGGGGCAGAGAGUAGAGACUGAAGACAGAGCCUCUCCCUGGGAUGCCCCCACCACUCCAGAAGUGGCUACUGGCUGGUGCCCAGGAUAAGGGCAGGCAGGAGAAAUGCACCCAUUCCUCAGGGACAGAUGCCUGUACAUCCCCCUGCUCCAGGCCCACAUGUCCAGAGCCUGGUGGGGAUCUCCCUCCCCCUGCUCCACCCAUGAUAAAUAUCUGGCCACAACCCCCACCUGACCCUCACCUCAUCCUGCCUCCAGUCUGUGCUUUUCUGCCAUGAUGGGGCCUUCUUCCUCUGCCUUCCCACCCUGGCCUGUCUAGGAUACUCACUGCCAAGAAUGACCAAAAACAGGGUUUCUAAGGUCAUAACUCCCCCACUCCCACCUCUGCUGGCCAAAGUGCCUAACCCCUCAGUGCCCACCCUCAGCCAUUAGCAUGGUAACAUUCUCCUCGGAAGUAGCUAUGGUAAGAUGGACUUUCUCCCCAUGACUGGGGCCACUGGCCAAGAACCCAACUGCUGAGAGACACAAAGGGAAGAAAUCAGGGCCCAGGCAGUGGGGACAGGCAAACCCAGCCUCACAGAAGAGUAGUAGAUGGUGGCCACAGCUGUCCCUGUCACCAAGCCCAUGGCUCUUUGGCCUGGACCUAAAGAGUUAGUUGAGGCAGGAGCUCUCCUUCCAGCAAUCCAUGUGGCAGGACUGAAUUGCCCCCAGGUUGCAGAGAAGCAUGAGCAUUGUCCUCACUCUCCCCUGCCAGUGCCUUACCUCCCGCCCCAGAGAGAAUCUCCCAUUGCAGCCUCCGGCGCUGGUGGGGCCUCACCCUAAGAUGGCCAAGGGUGACACAGAGAUCAGCCUACUCUCCCAAGUGCCUCACAGUCUGGAAAAGCAGUGUCCACUCUGCUUACUGAUGGGAGCCACGUCUUUUCCACCUGGUGGGGUAGAAUAGAGGUGAAGAACUUCCAGACCCCAACAGCCUAAGUCAUGCUCUACCUGACUGCAAAGUGUAGCUCUAAGAUGGCGGUUCCCCUUGGAGAGCCAGGAGAUGGUCCUCUGAGACCUCAGGGUGGGUGGAGGGAGAGCGGGCUGGCCUCUGGUGGCUAGUCAGAGAGCCUUUAGGAGUGGAGUCUUCUUAGUCUCACCUCACCACCCCAAAGUCAGGAGCCGACUGGGGGACCAGGAGGAGUGAGGAACAUACCUUCAAACUCCAUGUUCUCCAUAGCCAGACCAGCCCAGGAUAUGGGAACUCUUGGUCUGUUUACUCUGGGAUGGAGUUCCUUGUUGAGUGAGUUGUAGGUAUGUGCGACCAACACAGAGAGGGUCGUUCCAGGAACCACAAAGCGUCCUUCAGAUUGUUACUUGAGUUUGGGGAACACAGCCACAUUCAACGUCUAAGCAUGGAGGAGUUCAUGUCAGUAAGGUACCCCCUCCACCUGCAUCUGUUGUCCCCUGAAAAUCCUGGGAGCAAUCCAACCAAGGCCAAAGUUGUCAGUGUCCACCUGGCCCAGUGUUUUUUCAGGUGGGAAAACAUCUGAUGGCCACGUUCCUUAUUGCAGAAUACCAUCCUUAUGGCUGAAUCUUAUGUUUAUUAGAUAUGAGUUAUUUUCAGAAUCAGAUUCCAUUUUGUUCGACAUUCUAAUAUAGCGGGUAGUAGGCACCACUGAUUAAGAGAUAUUUAUGGGGGGGUUGACUUAUAUUGUGAAAAUUCUAUAUAUUAAUUAUUUUUGUUGUUGUUAUUUUAUAAAUCAGGGAGAGCCUUGUUGUUUGAUUUUAGCUGCAGCACACAAGAACACAUCGGUCCAGCUUCCUAUUCAGUGGGAGAAAAGGCUUGAAAAUCACUAAACUUGUUCAACCCCCUUGUUAAAGAAAACUGACGCUUAGAGGAGGGCGUGACUCAUCCAAACUCAUAUAACUAGUUAGAAGUAUCACCAGGACUGGACCCCGACUGUGGACUUAUGGUCCAGUGCUCUUUUCACUAUACCACGCUUGAGCUCAGACCCCGUUUCCUAUUCCCCCAGGGGUUGACUGUCCCUUGGAGGAAGUGCUGGAUUUGAGACAGAGCAAGUCUAGAUCCCAAACCUCUGCCUUCCUUCCCUGGGUUGUCACCCUGCUGACCCACCAGGAGGAUGAGGGACACCUCAGCCUGUGUCUCAAUGUGAAUCAGACCCCCUACCCCCAAUGUGGCCCUGGCAAGAUGGGGUCUCUGCCUCAGCCCUGUAUAAUGCUGUUGCCUUAUCAAUAAAGUGCAUUUGUCUUUGUAAU